AUGCCUCCUAAGUUGAAAGACCCAGGUAGUUUCUCUAUACCCUGCAUAAUCGGAAAGUUUGUCAUCGACAAAGCACUAUGCGACUUAGGAGCUAGUAUUAGUUUAAUGCCCUUAUCCAUAUGCGAAAGACUAAAAAUGGGAGAACUAAGACCUACGAGGAUGUCUGUACAACUUGCAGAUUAUUUCGUUAAAUUUCCCGUAGGUAUGCUGGAAAACGUUCCGGUGCGCAUAGGACAAUCCUCUAUUCCUACAGAUUUUAUAAUCAUGGAUAUAAAAGAGGAUUCCAACAUCCCUAUCAUAUUAGGAAGACCAUUCCUAGCCACAGUCGGAGCUAUCAUAGAUGUAAAAAGAGGCAAGCUAACCUUCGAAGUUGGGGAGGAAAAGGUCGAAUUCAUUUUGACACAAUUCCUAAACACACCAGCUAUAGAUGACACCUGCUGUCUACUAGAUGUCAUUGAUGAAUGCAUAAGAGAAAUGGAGAAUGAACAAGCAUCAUACUCCGAAUUACUAAAAAUUACAAGGCCUCCUACUUAUGAAGAUGAAAAUUUAAGCAAGGAAUACCAAGAUGACAACCUAAGUGAAUGCCUAGCACUAACGCCCGAUCAUAUGCCUUGCCCAAAGAAACCGACCCUAGAACUUAAGACGUUACCCAAAAAUCUAAGGUACGAAUUCCUAGACACUGUACUUGAGCGACCUGUAAUAGUAAAUGCAGACUUAGGGCAGAUAGAAACCGAAAAGCUUCUACACGUUUUGAUGAAAUACCCAACUGCUUUAGGAUACAAUAUCUCAGAUCUAAAAGGAAUAAGCCCUUCCAUAUGCAUGCAUCGCAUAAUGCUAGAGGAAGACAGUAAGACCUCUAGAGAACAUAAAAGAAGGAUAAAUCCCAUUCUGAGUGAUGUGGUAAAGAAAGAAGUGUAA